AUGUCAGAAUCUGAUAUACAAUACUGUAAUCCUCAGAGGACUGUGGGCCAACAUUAUUACGAGACGUAUAAAGAUUUGCCCAAAGAUCAGUGGCCAUCCACUAUCAGAUUUGUAGAUAACUAUCUUGAUUGGAAAGGGCAAGAUCCGAAACCAGCGAGACAAGGUUCGAAAUCCUGGUGGCAUACUUUCCUAUACCUUGAUUCGGCCUCUCGACUUCCGGAUAGAUACCGAUUACUCCCUUUCUCUUCCUCUGCUGUUGCUCUUGCUCCUGCUUCUUCUACCUGUCCUGAAGCGGACGAUGAGCUGCAACAGGAAGGUCCCACUGGGGUAGUGGUUCACAACGACCAUGACCUGCCGGAUGUGUUUGAUCAAGAGAUUCAACGAGAACUUUUACAGGCUAGUUUUGAUUUAGAUUCCCAGCAGACCCUUCCGCAUACUCAUUUCGAUCGAGUUAGCACAUCUGGACUGCCAGCGCAUUAUUAUCAACAUCCGAUAGAUGUAAAUUACCCUUCGGCUGUCGGGUCUGAUCGAGGUGUACAAGGACAAGCUGGUCAAUGGCCUACUAGCGACCCCUCGUUCAAUACCGUUGGAGACUACGACUGGUCUGACGCAUCGCUGCCACUAUCAGAAGAGCAGCAAGAAUUCUGGUAUAACAUGAUGAACGUUACCCGAUAA